CGGGCGGCGGUGGCACCGGCAGCGGGCGCGGCCGGAGGAGAAGCAGCAUGGGCAGGAGGAUGCGCGGCGCCGCCACCAUCACCACCGCGGGGCUCUGGCUGCUGGCGCUGAGCUCGCUGCUGGCGCUCUGGGGCGGACUCCUGCCGCCGCGGACCGAGCACCCACCGGGGCGGCGUUUGCUAGCCGGGAUCGGCGCCCCAGAGCCCGCGCCUCGCUUCCCUGGGCCGCCGCGCCGGGAACGGGACGCCGGAGCAGGCUCCCUAAAAACUUUCCGGGCGCUGCUCACCUUGGCGGCCAGCGCCGACGGCCCGCCCCGGGAGCGCCCCGGUGGGCACCGGCGGCACGUGCCAGCGGGCCAGCCCGGCUCGGAGGCGGUGCCCGGGGGCGUCUUCUGGAGCCGCGACUUGGAGGAGCAGGUGCCCCGGGGCUUCACCGAGGCGCAGGCGGCGGCGUGGCUGGAGGCGGUGCGCGGCGCCCGGGUGGUGGCCCUGGAGCGCGGGGGCUGCGGGCGCAGUUCCAACCGGCUGGCCCGCUUCGCCGACGGCACCCGCGCCUGCGUGCGCUACGGCAUCAACCCGGAGCAGAUCCAGGGCGAGGCCCUGUCCUACUACCUGGCGCGGCUGCUCGGCCUCCAGCGCCACGUGCCGCCCCUGGCGCUGGCCCGGGUGGACGCUCGCGGCGCGCAGUGGGCGCGGGUGCGGGAGGAGCUGCACGCCGCGCACUGGGCCGAGGGCAGCGCGGUGAGCCUGACCCGCUGGCUGCCCAACCUCACGGACGUGGUGGUGCCCGCGCCCUGGCGCUCCGAGGACGGCCACCUGCGCCCCCUGCGAGCCUCGGGGGGCGAGCUGGCCAACCGGAGCCGGGCGGAGCUGGUGGACCUGGUGCAAUGGAGCGACCUGAUCCUCUUCGACUACCUGACGGCCAACUUCGACCGGCUGGUCAGCAACCUCUUCAGCCUGCAGUGGGACCCGCGCGUCAUGCAACGCGCCACCAGCAACCUGCACCGGGGCCCCGGCGGGGCGCUGGUUUUUCUCGACAACGAGGCCGGCUUGGUGCACGGCUACCGGGUGGCGGGCAUGUGGGACAAGUACAACGAGCCGCUGUUGCAGUCGGUGUGCGUGUUCCGGGAGCGGACGGCGCGGCGCGUGCUGGAAUUGCACCGGGGCCAGGACGCGGCAGCUCGGUUGCGGGGACUCUACGAGCGCCACGAGCCGCGCUUCCCCGAGCUGGCCGCGCUGGCCGAUCCCCACGCUCAGCUGCUGCAGCGGCGCCUCGACUUCCUCGCCAAGCACAUCUGGCACUGUAAGGCCAAGUACGGACGCCGACCCGGCACUUAGCCUCCCUCCCCAAAAAAUGGGAAGGAGAGAGAGAAUUUAGACAGAGACUCAGGUUAGGGACUGCACGGUGGAGGAUGGGCCGGACCAAGGCGCCAACGCCCAGCCAGUGGAGUCUGAACGUGGAAGGCUGCUGAAACUUCAGUUUCACCCCCUUCCUGCAACGCCCCCCCCCCGCCCCAAAACGGGAGGGAUUUCUUAGGAGGACUGUCUCUCCCACACCCUCCGAGGCGAAAGUGUUAACAUUCCCUCCACCCAGUCUAUGAAAGGAUUCUGCCCUGUGCCUGCUGCACUGAGUUUGGAUGGAUGGAACAGGCUAAAACGGAGUUUGCUCUCCCCCCCGCCCAGGUGGCUUUCUCAGUGGGAAAUGCACCCCCGUUUUCACGGCGUCCUUAGGCUCCUUUCCGAAAAAGGAAAACUUCUAUUGGAGCUCCAAUCGCAGCACCGGUGGCCCCGGAACAGGAUUGUGACAGUAAGCUGGUGGAACCCUCUUUCUGUGUUCUCCCUUUGUUCCAGCUCCGCGAUGGUGAGAUCACUGUGAAAGAGAGCUGGGGGGUGGAGGGCUCCCGAUAUGACAAUGAACCCCCUGGACCUCCGCAACCCUGGAGCCCUCAGACCUUGAGGAUUUAUGUCUGACUUGUUCCUUCCCUCUUGCCAUUAGGUAUCAAUGGCAAGGCGGGCUCAGUGCACUGAAUCAAAGAAUGAAUUUCUUCUUCCCCGCUCCAGAUCGACCAAAAUGUUGCCAGUGAUGAUGUGCACCUGAAGAAAAAAAAAUUAUUAAGUUUCAAGCACUUUACUUUGUUUUUAUUUUAAUUUUGUAUUAAGGAAAACUUUUUUUAUUUGACAAAAUUUGCCUUUUAUGUAUAUAUGUGCAUAAAGUGUGGUGUAAAUAUACUAAACAAACUUAUAUUUCAAUAAAAGGGAGUUUAAAAUUUAGAA